GCGGUCGAUUAAUAAAAACACGCUCUUCCUUCCUGAACCCACCUCCAUCUCUCCCACUGAAAACACACACCGAAACAAGCUAUUUCAAUAUAAUAAUAAUAAUAAUAAAAGGAAAAGGAAAACCCUAGAGUAGAGUAAAAAUAAAUCGAGAUGAAGGAAGAUGAUUCGCUUCCAACGACAACAUCACUAAGCGUGAAAAAGGAAACCUCCGAUUCCGUUCUAUUCGGCAAAGGCCGUUACAAGUUCUGGGCUCUAGCAGCCAUUUUGUUAUUAGCAUUCUGGUCAAUGCUCACUGGCACCGUCACUCUCCGCUGGUCUGCCGGAAAUCUCAACAGCCUCGUCGACGACAUCGACACUCCCAUUCGCGACGAUCUCGAUGUCCUAGAAAUGGAGGACAGAGAGAAAGUGGUGAAGCAUAUGUGGGAUAUAUACACGAAUAGCCGUCGGAUCAGAUUACCAAAAUUUUGGCAAGAGGCAUUCGAAGCUGCUUAUGAAGAGUUGACUAGUGACGCAUCAGAUGUUAAAGAGGCUGCCAUCGCUGAGAUCGCUAAGAUGUCUAUUCGGUCUAUUGAUCUUGAUCCGCUUCCGGUUCAAUCUACGAGAGCACGAGAAUUAAGUAAGAGUCUGAAGCUGGCUGCAGUGGCUUCAAAAGGGAGUGGUCAUUGAUGUGGAGAAAGUUGAACUCCUGAGGCUUCAAAUCCACCUUCGUGCCUCAUUGCUCCAGGUGCUGCUGCCCGGAGUUUGUGAGCGGUGGUGAUGGGUGAACCAUACUCUUUAAGUUUAUUGUUUUCAUAUUAGGGAUAAACAAUGUAUUUAAAUAGGUUAUCAUUCUUUGUACCUUUUGCUUUCACAAUCUUCGUAAUAUGAGUGGAUUUGAACAACUCUUUGGAUAGAUCACUCCAGUAAGAAAUUUUGGUAAAGAUCUCGUCUACUGUAUUAAGUUGAAAGAAUAUUUGAAAUUCUACAUUACAAUUUACAAGUUAAUAAGCUAA